GCGUACUUCGUCUACUCGAUUUCAUCUCUCGUCACUGAGAUCACAAUUGGGCGUCAGAAUCUGCAUGAUUCAUAUCUGAGCAACCAGUGCGAGUCUUGGUUAGCCCGCACAACGACAAAGCUUAUCUCAUCGUGUUAUCCGUGCUGCAGGGCUUCUCCUUGACAAGUUGAAUCUCGACAUCUUCACCAUCAUAUUCGGCGCACAGCAGUAUGGAUAAUAACAGCGGUAGCAGCAGCAGCAAUAACAAACCCGUGCGUCACCAACCGACUCCCCCGGGGACAGUUCCUCCAGAAACCUUUUACGCGUCAGCCUCAAAAUCGAACGCAGGGCUCACGCCUCCACCAUUGCCGCUGCGCCCGAAGGGCUCUGCAGGAUCCGCUCACACAAAGGUCAACAUCGAACCCCCGCCAACCUAUGACACUGUAUUUCGCGAGCCCCAGCUCGUUUCAGAGGAUACAAUCGGCACCGAUCAAGUCCCUGCGCUCAUCCCAGCCGACGACCAUCACAACUGGCCGUCUGUCGAGCACAAGUGGGGUGAUGAUUGGAACAAAAAUGAUGCUUGGAAUGAACCGAUGCCGUGGGACAAUUCUUGGGCCGGCGGAACAUCCCAAAAGGUCAUGGAUAUUGAUGCGCGGGACCAGGAGGAGGAGACGAACUGGUGGGAUGCAGAACUGCGGGGAACGAGAAACCGUCCAGGGCCGGGAAUGCUGCCGCCUUUCGUUACUGAAUUGUUGCAUAACGCUGAACAUUCAUUGUUCUCGGUAAGCGUUACCGCACCUGACGUGAGGCCGGCUGGGGAUGUAUCCCCUUUCAUCCCUCCAAGCCACGAUGAAAUCCUUCGCGCUGUUCCCCAUGCCAAUACAUACUACUGCAGACGACACCAUGGUUGGGUGUUCCUCCAGUGGAAAACAUCCAACAUUGUCCCUCCCUUUGCAAAAUCAUUCGACUUCAAAAAGCACCCACCCCUCCCUGACCAAGACCGCCGUAAACGCACCGUCUCUUGCACUGACGACUCUUCUGACAAGUCCAAGAAAACACAUCACUUCCACUGCUAUCCAAAGGCCGUUGAUUCAGGCCAGCUCAAUCCAGCAUUCCACCGUGCCCCUUGGGAAGUCGCUGCGCAGAGGAAGCAAAGGCGUCGGAAAAUCACUUCUGCUAAUAUCGAUGACUAUGCAUUCAAGGAAUCAGAUGUCAAGAUGAACGAAGACCUGCCCGAGGGACAUGUAGAGGGCGAACUGCUUGAUCUUUAUGUCUGCUGUCAGUGCUCCGUCUAUUGCAUUGCAUCAGAAGCUAUGCCCGGCGUCAUUGCCCUUAAAUACGUGGAGGAUUUUACGAAGUAUAGAUUUGAACACCCUCCCAUCGGGAGGCAGCCUGAUGAGUCUGUUGUCAGUGGGUGGGAGACACUGAUCGCAAUUAUCGAAAACAAAUUAUGGAAAGGCAAGAACGGUCAGCUCUCCAUUUCUGGGAAGGCGUUCCAGAACAAGAUCGGGUGGUCCCCAACUACGAGCUAUAUCUUCAAGCAACUUGGGUUCGACAUCAUCACACGCAUCGAAGCUCCGGGCACACCUGAGGAGAGGACAGACGAAUUUCUGUCACCCCCAAAUACUGAACUCAGCAGUCCAGAAGGUCAGGAGGCACGUAUGAAGCUGUUGCGUUUCUGGGUCGAGACGAAUGCGUAUCUAGUAGACUACCAACGUCGCUUCGCAUCUGCGCUUAAGUCGUAUACGCCACACCCUUUGUACGUCAAAAUCGACGGUGCCCGAGAGAUGUACCAACAGGCGAUCGGCGCACACCCUGAUCAGAUCCCGAGAUCGUCCUUGUCGUAUCCGUUAGGUUCAUUGGCAGAGUAUGUACCUCUGCUGCAGACGUGGAAGACGUUAGGAAUAACCCCUACAACAUGUUCUCCAGAUAUUCUCAUCUUCGCCUACAUGGCUCAAUGCCGUUGUGACCCUGCCAAUACCGUACUCUACUUCACCCACUUCUUCGCAAUCGUCGCCGCAAUCCAAUCCCUCGGUGGCGUUCCGUCUCAGGAAUUGCAGGCCCUAGUUUUCGAAGAGCGCUCUCGUGGGCGAUUCACGGAGGAGGACCUGCAAAAUGCUGCUGCAGUUCUUGGAUUUGGCAAGGACGGCGCGCUACGCUUGGAGCUUGAAGAUGACAUUGAAGACAGCUUUCUUGCGGAAGCAUGGCGGACGGCCAUCAAAAAUGCCUGGCGUGACGCAAAGGACUGCACACAGCUCCAACGUGAUGCGAACGAGGCCUUCAGGAUGAUUGCACAAUCGAGGGGUAGUAAGAGCCUUAUGAAGCUGUUUUCUGAGUCGUCAAAGAACCAGAUGGACCCUUCACGUGCAUACUCGGUACUAGAGGUUUCCGCGGAUGUGGAUGAUGAACUUGUGUUGACGGUGUUCAUGAUGCGGGUCGAGGAGCAGCCCCAUCAAUCUGACAAGUGGCGCGAAGCGUUGAGAACAAUUGCAGAAGUGAGGGACAGCAGCCGGCUGCGUCAUUUCCUAGAAGAAGGCAAAGAUCCUGGAGAUAUUGUGGCUUCAACGCGUGCCGAUCUUCCAAGAGGCCUGAAUCAACUUGGAAACACCUGUUAUUUGAACUCGCUGCUCCAAUACUUCUACACAAUUAGGGAGCUUCGUGAGGCUGUCGCUUCCAUGGCCAACAUUGAUGUGAAGGCCCUUGAAGACGAAAAGUACUCGGAGGACGACCUGAAACGGCAUCGGGUUGGUGGACGGCUAAUUACGCGGCGCGAGAUACUGCGAUCGAAGAAAUUCGUCAGUCAGUUGGCCGAUUUAUUUUGGCAGCUCCAAUUCUGUGAGAACCAGGCUGUCACACCGACUAUUGAUCUUGCAAAGUUAGCACUCGUAACAUCAAGAGAUGAAGAGGAAGAGGAAGCUGACAGAGGCGGUACCGAUUCCUCGAACGACACAGAUGCAACGCUUGUUGAGGACGGGCCCGUGCGGUCACCUGACUCAAAUGGCUCGGUUCUCGGUAAGCGGCCACGCGACGAGCAACGCAUGGAUAUGGAUGUUGACACACCCACGUCUCCUAUCACGGAAGAGAAGAAUGGGUACGUCAUGAUAUCCCAACCAUCUCGUGGGUCCAAGUCUCCUCGCUUGCAUGGGGAAAGCUCGUCAAGCACGAUGCCGCUGCCAUCCCCGCUUCCAGAUGUGGAGAUUGUGAACCAUGAGAACCCGCAGGUUGAGGAGCAGAAGACCGCUCCUCCCUUACCUACACGCAAGCCUACUCAAUCAGACUCCGUUAUGAUGUUUGGAAAGCAACAUGAUGUCUCUGAAUGCAUGGACAAUUGCAUGUUCCAGAUUGAGAUCGCGCUUCUGAAAUUCGAUGGGCUGGGUGACUCGGACAAUCAGAAUAGUGUUGUGAAGAGGCUAUUCUAUGGGAAACUGCGGCAAAGACUUACACAAGUCCCCGCCCAGCGGCAUCCCAGAACUUCGGCACACGAGAAAGAAGACCUCUUCUCGCAUCUUCCCGUGAAUGUGGCCGAUAGCGGCUUUGAUAUCUACGAUGGCUUAAGUGGAUACUUUGACGAUGUCGUUGACUACGAAGGCGAGAAAGCUAGGAUGGAGGUGACACUGGUCGAUCUACCACCAUUAUUGCAAAUUCAACUUCAGCGGGUGCAAUUCAACAGAGAGACCCUCCAACCAUACAAAUCGCAAGCUUAUGUCAAGUUUGGCGAGACGAUAUAUAUGGACCGGUUCCUUGAUACCGCAGAUCCAGGCAAGAGGGCUAGGUCAAAGGAGGUACAGGCGGAAUUGAACAUCCGACGUGAACGUCUGCGCUUGCUGACACAAGAUAAGCACGCACCUUUCCCUGCAUCGCUCAAAAACACGCUUGAUUUCUUGUCAAAGCAAGAAACGCUUAUCCUCCCGGAUGUCGAUGAAGAGCUCAUUGCAAACAUCAACGGCGAACAGGAUAUGAUCGAGACUGAGAUUGUCGAACUCAAGGAUGCGGUAUCGAAGCUGAAGGAAGAGCUGGAGAAUAUUUGGAAAGAUGAUACCUCGGUCGCAUAUGAGCUGACCUCCGUCUUCAUACAUCGUGGCUCAUCACCCUCAUUUGGACACUACUUCUUCUAUUCUCGACAUGUACCGGAACAACCUGAUAAUUGGUUCAAGUACAAUGACCAUCAGGUUACGGAGGUGUCGAAAAACGAGGUCUUGGCUGACACCACAGGGUCUACUGCGAAUCCGUACUUGCUUGUUUUCGCAAAGAAGGACCGGGACAUUGUUCGUACUGUAAAUCGCUUUGAUCCGAUGGCUAUAGAGGAUAUUGAUACAUGAUCCGUAAUGUUGAUAUCCCAUGAUUCCUCUCAUGCACUAGUUGUCCCCCUCUAUUCCCCGGAGGAUUUGAACACAUACCGCGAUAGUGUAUGCUCACUUA